UAGUGGGUUAAGUCAUCACACUGGAUGUAAAAACAAAGCAAAUUUGUAUUUCUUGGCUUUAGCAUGACUUGGGACACAACUGAGGCCUUAGCGGCCCACAUGUGUGAUGUGGUUCAGUUUUACAUGCUCCCAGAGCUGAAGGAAGAUCUGGACAGCGUUCAGCUGACGCCGUCGCAAUUUGAAAGUUAUCACGCCUUGCUCACCCACGAAUUGCCGAAGUUCUAUGAUUUGGUGCAGGAGUUUCUUCAGAAAACCAAUAAUGCUGGACACGAAGAGCUGAGGGUUCAAAUUGUGAUGCUCCUCUGCGAGCUGACAGCUGCACCCACUGUUUACCAACAUAAAGAUGGGUCUGGGAACUUGCUGCGAAAUGCCAAACAAUUGGGAAGGAAACUCUCGGAGACCUGGGGGGAAUCUAUGGACACGCUUAUGCUCAAAAACUACGAGAAAAAGCUGCACAAGGACUGCUGGAAGCGACAGCUUGGCGCCGUGCAUGGCUUUGCCAGAUAUCUAGAGCUUCGUUAUACGAAGGACGAGAAAAUGACCACGCAGAUGCUGGCCUUCAGCCUGUCGGUGGGCCUCAAUGUGCGGGAGUGCUACGACUUUGUCUAUAAGCAACUCGGUGUGCAGAUCUUUUCAAUAAUGCUGAAGCAUGGCCACCAUAAGGACAUUCAGGAGUUGAAUAUCCACAGCGUGAUCUAUGAUCAUGCGCUCAGGGAUGCCUACAACAUGGACUCGGUUGAAGCAACGACCGCCAUAUGGAGUUGUCUGUACCUUUGCCUGGAUCACUUUGUUGACCUGGAUGCCUUUACGUGGAACCAGUGCGAUGAUAUGCUGGAACGGCUCCUUCAAAAUGUGACAAUGUCGUCCAAAGCAAACAACUCCAUUUGCCUGCUUCAGUAUAUAACACAAGUUGGCUACUACUUCACCAUCAAUCGUGGCGAGAUCGAAGCUGCCCUGGCGACAGAUCUCACACAAGCGGAUCAACUGGCGGCCUGCCAGGAAGUUUGCUCCUCGAUCAACUCCAGCACCAGUUAUCGUUGGGCCAAGAGCAUUUUGCAAAUGCUCGUCUUGGAGUCGGAUAAACUGCUGCAAGGCCCUGAGGUUUGCGCAGAGCUGCUCGGCCAGAUGCAGCGCUGCUAUAUGGUCUGCAUUCUGCCCAUUCCGCUUCAGGCUCUGCAUAUUCAUUUGCCUGAAUUCUACACCAAAUUCGUGGCUGUGCUCCUAGAGUGCAUGGUGACCCAUAAGACGGCACCAACAGUUCAGAAGCUGGUGCAGCGCUUUACAGAAAUAUUCAGCUAUCAGCUUAACAACUGCUCCCUCCAUCAGCUACCUAGCGACCUGGAGGAGUUUUUACAGGCAUUGAAGUCCAUACAAAGAACUAUUUCUAAAUAAAAACGGAAAUUUAAUUGAUGAAAUAAUCGGCAAUUAGAGGAUAAGUGAGUGUGGCUAUGAACGCAUGUGGCAAGAGCGCGAUCAGAGCUGGCCGCAGACCCAGGAAGAAUCCUCUGUAGCCGUGCAUCUGGAUGAUUUUGAGGCAGAGAUGCGUCUUCGAGGGGAACUUCUGGAAGCAAGCAUUCAUGAUCACCGUCGUUACCGCUUCCACUGGCGUCAGGAAUAACGAUAUGAUGCUGCUCGUUAACGUCAAUGACAUCAGAUCAAUGACCCAAUCUUCAUCACGAAUGUGGUGGAGUUUCAACAGAAUAUCCUCUACCUUUUGUGGGGGGAGCCGCAUUCAAUUAAAAGUUGCCAUGGUCAACUGACAGUUCUUAGAUUUACCCAUUCGUGUACAGGUGCGUGAAGCAUUCCCAUUGCUCCGGCGGUGAAAGCGUGAAGCUCGCAUCCAGUGAAUAGGAAGGCCGUGCCCCCCUUUCCAUGCAUGCACUUGAGAGCUUUCCAGGGGUCUUUAUAGCUGCAAUAAGAGUAACUUUAAAAGAGCAGCUCCCUGGGGGCGAUGGGGAGAUGCGUUUACUUGCGUUGAAGAUAGGGACGACGGGUUAGAUCGGCCUGCCGUACUAUCGCCACCUUGGCAAAUGGCGUUGAGAGCAGACCGCCGCCAAAUCCGCUUAUACCCGCCACCGUGGAGGUGUCGUAUGGCUCCAGCAUCAGCAAGUACGGGUUCUCCUUCAGCCAGUGGUACAAUGCGUACGUAGUUCCGGUCUGCACCGUACAUCGCAACAGUGCACCACCAAUGCCGUAGUAGAAGCCCGCAAUCCUCUUCUGCCUGAACAUUAGACGGACCACUUCCGACAUCGAGACAUAGUGCAGCACAUUGGCCUGGAUAUUCACUCUGAUUAUGUCUAUGGGAUGUGAUAGCACAAUGGCAGCCACAUUGAUCAUGUACCCCACAUAAACGGGCAAAUUGGCAA